AUGGCGAACAAGAAAGCGGAGGCAGCUCGAAAGGCAUUUUACGAUGACGAUGUAGAAAAGUCAAAAGAAGCACAUGAUUUUUAUCAUACUUUAGAUAAACAUGGAGAAAACCAUAGUCUUGAUAAAGACAAUUUGAAAACAAUAAUUUUUGGAAGUCUAGAUGGAAUAAUUACAAUAUUUGCUAUAGUGUCAGGUUGUGUAGGAGCCAAAAUAACACCUGCACAGGUCAUAAUUAUUGGUAUUGGUAAUUUAUUUGCAAAUGCAAUUUCUAUGGGCUUCAGUGAAUAUACAAGCUCAACAGCACAAAGAGAUUUUAUGUUAGCUGAAAAAAAAAGAGAAGAAUGGGAAAUAGAAAAUUGCCCAUCAGAAGAAAAACAAGAAAUGAUUGAUAUUUAUAUUAAUAAAUAUAAAUUCGAAAGUGAGGAUGCAAGAAAUUUAGUUGAAAUAACUUUUCGGAAUAAAAAUUUUUUUCUUGGACAUAUGAUGUCAGAAGAACUAGGACUUAUUGUUACAAAUGAAGAUAAAAAUGAGUCUCUAAUUAAGGGAAUUAUCAUGUUUUUAAGUUUUUGUGUCUUUGGUUUAAUUCCCUUAUCAGCUUAUAUAGCAUAUACAGUAUUUUUUGAAUAUACAGAUUAUAACACUUCCUUUAUCGUGGUUUUUGUUUCAACAUUAUCGCAGUUUACGAAUCAGAAGCCUAUUAGCUGUGCCCUUUGCAUGGUCUUCAAUGGUUCAGUUGCGGGAAUGGUACCGUUUUUAUUAGGAAUAGUUCUUAAAAAUAACAUAGCAGACUAA